AACUCCAUCGGAACCAAAGCCUCUCUAAACCAUACAAACAACAACAAUAGUGAAAUGCUGAUGCUCUUUUCAAUGCACGUUACGGCAUCAAUGGAAGCGCCCGAAUGUUUUCGAUCGGCCUGGGUUGUGUUCCUCCUGUCAGCUGGUUUGGUCGGCAAAAGGGUGUAGGGCGUGUAGGGCUAUAAAUUGAUACCAAAACAUUGCGUUAAACAACUGCUACGGACCUGUCAGACGUGUCACCAUCCGAGCAACCGAGCCCGGCUGUCAAGCCCCGGCUCUAUUGCAUCCGAUGACGAAAACGGUGUUUAUCGCAUCAGCAAACCGGAAAAUAAGGGCAAUUGCAUCUUGUUUUGCGAGAGUGAGCGUGCAUUGCGAAACUGGCCAGGUCUCUACUGGUUCCCAUUCGAUCAUCAGUUGUCCAGUGGCGGUGAGAAAAUAGCAGUGUUUUGUGGCAUUCCAUCAAUCAAACGAGAGAGAGAAAGAGACAUGAAUCAGUGGAUAAAGGAGGAGCUGUCGAAAUGUCUGCACUUCGACAUACCGGACGACCUGAUCGCCUACAUCCACACCAUCCAGAAUGCGCACGAGAUUGAUGGCUACUUCCGGACGCUGCUCGAUUACAACAAUCCACAGCAUACGGCCUUCAUCCGUGAGCUGAAGGUGCGGCUCGGCCACGACACACCCGACGGGCUGCCGGUGAUGAAGCCCCUCACCACCGGCAAAUCGGCCGGCAAGAGCAAACAACAACCAUCCGCCUCGUCCUCAAAGCAGCAGCAGCAGCAGCAAACGAAACCAUCCAAAGCGAACCCGCCAACGUCCGGUGCGUCCAGCUCGAAACCUACGCCCACGGCCCCGGAAGCUUCGGGUGGCGGCUGCGGCGGCAGUAAGAAGAAAACCAAGUACGUCAACCUGUACGGGCAGGACGGGGAGCUGGCGGACGUGGUGCUGCUCAAGGGGCGCCAUCACUGCGAUUGCCAGGCGGGGAAGCACCGGCUGGUGAACAACUGUCUGCACUGCGGCCGGAUCGUGUGCGAGCAGGAGGGCAGCGGGCCGUGCCUGUUCUGCGGCAGCCUGGUCUGCACCGAGCACGAGCAGCGGCUGAUCGAGAGCGCGUCGCGCAAGGGCGACAGCCUGCGCCGCACGCUGAUGGAGCAGAACCGGCCGGCCGGCUGGGAGGAGGCGCUCGCCACCCGCAACCGGCUGCUGGAGUACGACCGGAACAGCGAGAAGCGCACGACGGUGAUCGACGACGAGGCGGACUACUUCAAGACGCACUCGGUGUGGCUGUCGGACGCGGAGCGCAAAAAGCUGGAGCAGCUGGAGGAGGAGCUGCGCGAGAAGCGGCACGCGAGCCGGCUCGCCCGGAAGGUGACGCUCGACUUUGCCGGUCGCCGGGUGCUGGACGAGGCGGCCCUGUCGACCGAGGACGUGGAGGAGAUACUGCGGCAGGCGUCUUUGGUCGAGGCGCCGGUCAGUGGGGGUGGGCGGGGCAAGGAGAACGUGCAACCGCCCGGGCAGCAUCCGACUGGUCCGGAUAGUGAGGACGUGCAUCCGACCCUCAGUGGUCCUGCACCGACGUUCGUGGACGUUAAUGCAGGCGCACCGGCAGCAGGGCGGCCGGCCAUCAGCACCACCGGGUACGAUGGCGUGUACAGCCGCGUGCAAGAUAAAGAGUUCCUGCAGAUGUCAGACCUGCGCCACUGCCUGUCGAUGCACCAGCCGUGGGCGUCACUGCUCGUCGCCGGCAUCAAGCGGCACGAGGGCCGCACCUGGUACUCGUCGCACCGCGGCCGGCUCUGGAUCGCGGCGACGGCAAAACCGGCCGACCCGGAAACGGUCCGCGAGCUGGAGUGCUUCUACCGCACGCUGUACGGCGACGGGGCAGAACUCCAGUUCCCCACCCAGUAUCCGGCCGGCUGCCUGCUCGGCUGCGUCUCGGUGCAGGACUGUCUGCCGCAGGAGGAGUACCGGAAGCAGCACCCGAACGGCGAAUCGGACAGCCCGUUCGUGUUUGUGUGCGAGGAGCCGCAGGAGCUGCCGAUACGCUUUCCGGUCCGGGGGGACCACAAAAUCUACAUGCUGGAUACGGGCAUACACCAGGCGGCGGUCAAAGCGUUGCAGCGGUUAGCGAAGCAAAACAAGCUGGCCGACUGAAGCACGCGUCCUACUCCAGUCGGAUACGAUUCGGCAUUGAUUAUGUAUAACAGGGAGAAUUGCUAAAUAAAACAUCGCAUCGCAAAUAA